AUAACAAAAAUGGCGGACGAUCAGUUACCUGCCGGUUGGGAAAAACGUCUCAGCAGGUCAACCGGCCAACAUUACUACUUAAAUAUUUACACAAAGGAGUCCCAAUGGGACGUGCCGGACAAACCAGCGGAGCCCGUCUCAUCCAGCGGACCAGAACAAGUACAAUGCUCGCAUUUAUUGGUAAAACACAAGGACUCCAGGCGGCCGUCCUCUUGGCGAGAGGAAAACAUUACCCGCACGAAAGACGAAGCCUUAGAUUUAGUAAUAACUUAUCGAGAACAAAUUGCUCAAGGUAAGACCUCGUUCGCGGAGCUGGCUUCGAAAUACUCGGAUUGCUCGUCGGCGAAGAGAGGCGGCGAUUUGGGGCCGUUCGGCAAAGGGGCCAUGCAGAAGCCCUUCGAAGAGGCCGCGUUCGCGUUGAAGGUCGGCGAAUUAUCCGAUCCUGUGUUCACGGAUUCCGGCGUACACAUUAUUCUACGUACCGUUUAAGGUCUAAGCAUUUCGAAUUUCCGAUACACAAAUACUUCCGAUUUUAACAUAUUUCUUAUAUUUUUAUGAUUAUUAUUUAAACGAGCUGUAAGGAUGCUUGUAAGAAUUGUCAUAUCCGCUUAUUUUAUUUAAUAACCAUAUUAAUACUUUUCAUUUUGUCUUUCUCAAAGUAUAACAGUUUGUUGGUGGAUAUUAGAAUAAAAAUUACGUUAAAUU